AUGGGAGCGAGUCGGUGGUCACAACUGAAAGGCGGGGAGGAGUCGUCAGACCUAGAACCGCGCAUGUACGAAAACAAAUACGGACGUCUCCUCGAUCCUGAAGAUGCCCGCCCAAUCCAGAGGCCUGAGGAGCUAGAGAGAGACGUCAUCGAUUCAUCGAUUCGUCCAUCCAAUAAAGAAGAAGAAGAAGCUGGGGAGCUUGAGAAGUCCUGUCAACCAAAACAGAGGUGCUGUCACGUCGCCCGAUUCCUUGGUGAAUGA